AUGCGUUACUGAUUAUAUAUCCCCUCUCUGCCACCCACGUUGCAUGACUACCCCUUCCGUCUCGUGCUUCGUCCAUCCGACGGCUCAUCCGACUCGACCGGUCGUCGCUCCCCCCCACUCUCCCGCGAAACCUCAACUUGAUUUCCCUUGGCGGCUCCCCACCGUCGGCAAACAGGCUGCAUCGCCAAGACCUCGGUCGCACCUUUAGAUCGAGUCAAGAUCCUCUUCCAGACCCGGGCACCGGACUAUGCUCGAUACGCAGGUCAGUUUCCUCACCCCUUCCUCACGAGACGCGCCCUCCGGCUAUUCGAACCGAAAGCCGACGCGAACACGCCCGCUCCUUCAAAACUCCGCUGACUCGGUACCAAACUCACCACUUUCGAUUUACAACGAUUCAGGUACAUGGAUGGGUGUGUUCAAAGCCAGCCAAGACAUCUAUGCCGAAACAGGGGUACGAGGCCUGCUGCAGGGGCAUUCGGCAACGCUCUUGCGCAUCUUUCCUUACGCUGCGAUCAAGUUCAUGGCUUAUGAGAAGUUUCACAUGGCAAGUUUACAUGAGUGUUUUCUCUCUCGUUCCAAGCUCAUUCCGCUUACGCUCUCACCAUGUCCGACAGGUGCUGAUGCCAACGACCGAGCAAGAGACGGGCGCACGCCGAUUCCUCGCCGGCUCAUUGGCCGGCGUAACAUCGGCACUCUUCACCUACCCUCUCGAGCUCAUUCGGGUUCGGUUGGCGUUCGAGACACACCAUUCGCUCGCCGAACGAUCCUCCUUGACACGGACAAUACGGCAGAUAUACCAAGCAUCCCUCAUACCUCCACCCCCUGUCGCUUCCACCUCCAAUCUCAAAACUGCCUCUGCGCCGUCAUCAACACCCUUACCCACAACACCAAUAAAAAAUCUUCGAGUCGGCGAACCUUCCUUGACACACUUUUAUCGGGGCAUUUUCCCGACCCUCUUCGGCAUCGUCCCCUACGCCGGCGUAUCCUUCCUCGUCUGGGGAUUCCUCAAAACCGACCUCGUGCCGACCAUGUUCAGCCCCAGCACGCGAGAACGCCAUCGAACGUGGAUCGACUUGGCCGCCGGAGGCAUAGCAGGUGCCCUAGGUCAGACCUCCGCUUAUCCGCUGGAUAUCAUUCGAAGGAGGAUGCAAGUCGGCCCCGUUCUACCUGGUGGUGGGGGUGCGAGACAUGGGUUUUGGGACACGGCGCGAACGAUCUAUAAAGCGCAUGGGUGGAGGGGAUACUUUGUGGGAUUGAGUAUCGGGUACCUCAAGGUCAUUCCGAUGAACUCGGUUAGUUUCGCGAGCUGGGUCGCGUUGAAGAAUGCGUUUGGGUUGGAAGGAGUUAGUCAAGGUGCGGGAUGA